AUGGUGAGGUUGGAGCUCGAUCAAGUGGUGUUCAGGAGGAUGAAGGAAGAUGAUGUUGACAUGGUCAAAGCUCUCAUUAAGGAGGGCUGCGAAGGCAUGGAAAACCGCCUCAUCCUACACAUCCUCACACGUCCACUUUGCCUCUUCAUUCUGGCUGUUUUUUCAUCUGCUCUGCGUUGCCUCAUUCACUCCUUCAUCCUGGCUCUUGCCAUUCCUGUUUUCCUGCUCAUCAUCUACCUCAAAAUCACCAUGCCACGCUCGACAGGGGUUCUGGGUUGCAGUCGCCCCUCGUGGGACUAUGUCGGCAGCAGCUUCAGGGGGACACAGGAUGAGAUACUAGAGAAUCCUUAUUCGAGGAUUAGUGGCAAGAAAAUCAUAACGAAAAAGCCAAGGCGCAGAAUCGGAGCCAAAGAAUUCGACAAGGAAGCGACAACAGAGACAAUCACUCCAGAGAGGGAGCAGGCAGCAGGGCUAGUCUGGGUGGCGGAAAGCGAGGGUGAAAUCCUGGGCUGCCUCUUCCGAGAGAGCGAGAAGCGAUCCGGUGUCAGGCGGUUGUGUCGACUGGUAACGGGCAGCUGGUACCGCAGGGAGGGCCUGGCUCGGCUCUUUAUCCAGAGCCUAGAGCUCAAGGAGAGAGAAACAGGUGCGUACAGAGUGUACGCACACGUGCCCUACCCGUCCAAGGUGGGCGAGGUCUUCUUUAGGAAACUGGGCUAUGUGCAGCCAGGUGAGGAGCCUGAAGAAGACGCAAAUGACGAAGAACAGCAAGAGAUUCCAGAGAGGGGGUUUCUGGGAUAUCCACUCACCAAGGUGUUUUACAAAGACUUGUGA